CGACCGAGUCGCGCGGGCGCGUGGUCACGAGCUCGGGGCUGCGGGGCCGCGGCUCGGAGGCAGCCGCGGCCGAGAGCGCGCGCCCCCGCGCGCCCCCGCAGGAAGCAGCGGACGACUGCAGGAAUCGCGCCUAUCGAUCUCCCGGCGCCCGUCGCCGGCGCCGCGCCGGGCUCCCUCCUGUGUUCCGCCGUUGCCGGCGGCGGCGGCUCCUUCCUACUGCUGCUCCUCGGCGGGGGCAGCGGGGGGCGCAAUAUGGCGGCCGAGGAGAAUGCCGCCACCAAGGUGGACCACCCGGCCGAGACGGUCGAGUCGCUGACGCGCGAGAUCGAGCAGCUCAAGGCGAGGCUCGAGGAAGAGAGGAAGAAGAUCAACGACGUCAGUGUAACCUCGUUGGCCGGCAAAGUGGAGCCCAUCAAGGAUCUGAACAUCAAGCUGCGCAGGGUUCUCAAGGGCCACCAGGGAAAAGUACUCUGCUCCGACUGGUCGCAGGACAAGCGACACAUCGUCAGCUCGUCCCAGGAUGGCAAGAUGAUCAUAUGGGACGCCUUUACUACGAACAAGGAGCAUGCUGUGACGAUGCCAACAACCUGGGUGAUGGCUUGCGCCUAUGCGCCGUCGGGGAACAUGGUCGCCUGUGGUGGUUUGGACAACAAGGUGACCGUGUACCCGCUCAGCUUCGAGGAAGAAGUAUCCGCGAAGAAGAAAGCAGUCGGGACACACACCAGCUACAUGUCCUGCUGCCUCUUCCCGAACUCGGACCAACAGAUCCUGACGGGCAGCGGUGACAGCACGUGCGCGUUGUGGGACGUGGAGUGUUCGCAACUGCUCCAGAGUUUCCACGGCCACUCCGCCGACGUCAUGGCACUCGACCUGUCGCCUACAGAGAUGGGCAACACAUUCGUCUCCGCAGGUUGUGACAGGCAAGCGCUUGUGUGGGACAUGCGGUCAGGACAGUGCGUGCAGUCCUUCCAGGGGCACGAAUCGGACAUAAACACCGUCAAGUUCUACCCGAGCGGAGAUGCCAUCGCCACCGGCUCGGAUGACGCCACCUGUCGUCUCUAUGAUCUACGUGCUGACAGGGAAGUAGCCGUUUAUUCCAAGCAGAGUAUCAUCUUCGGCGUUAACUCAGUGGACUUCUCAGUGAGCGGUCGCUUACUCUUCGGCGGCUACAACGACUACACGGUGAACGUGUGGGAUACACUCAAGUGCGUGCGACUCAGCAUCCUCUACGGUCACGAGAACCGCGUCACCUGCCUCAAGGUGUCGCCCGACGGAACCGCGCUCUCCACAGGCAGCUGGGACUUCACGCUCAGGGUAUGGGCCUAAGUAGGCGAACGCCUACGAGAAACAUCUCGGCCCGAAAUGCAGCCGGCCACCCUCGAGGGCCUCCACUGGCGCCGCGAAUGAUUUUCCGCGCCGAGAAUGACGCGCCUCCCGCAGGUGAAUGGAGCGUAUGCAGCACAGACGAAGAGGACUUUCCUCUUGUUUACUUUUGCGACACUUAGUUCAACUGGCAACGACGGCGUGCGAUAGUAACAACAACAAAAAGUAUGACCAAAACGACGUAUUCGGAACGAAGCCUCGCGGCCUCAUCGAAGACGGGGCUUGACACAACCAUCCAUGAACGAAGCGCCCUCUCGCCCUCUCCUCUAUGAUUCCGCAAUGGCCCGUAUGGCACAACAUCUUUUGUCACUGCCAUCGACAUGAGGGAGAUACAUGUUAGACGUCUCCCCUUUCCUCUGUGAUUUUCUGGGUGACAGAGUAUAAAAAAAGAAAGGAAACAUGACUUGGAACGAGAGAUUUGUAACUACGGGGGAUAAUUGUCCUACUCAGAACGGCCGCACGCCGAAGUUGCGCAGCAACGUUUCUAAACACGACCAUGAACAACAGGCAGUUCUUUUCGAAAGUUUUUACUCCAAUGUCCUUUUAGAUUUGCGUGACUUUCAGUCGUGGGUUCCCGGCGUCCUAGCCUCUAGCGUUCUCAUUAUAUGCGGCGAGAAACAUAGCCGUAAGCGCAGAUUCGUUCGGCACAUUCGGUACGUCGCGUGUGUUAUCUGUUAACGCAUCGAUCUGCUUUUAUUUCUUCCGCACUACCGCUAUGACGCCUCGUAUACGUUCAUAACAUAAACAGUCGAUUAGGAGAAAGGAGCAGUCAUUAUUACCAGUCCACGUUAUAGCGGCAGGGAAGUCGAGCGGUCGCUUGCAAAGCUAUGGGUCGAAAAAGAAACGUUGCCGAAGAUUCUGUUUUCGUUAUCAGUUCGCGAACAACGCGGCACAUCUACUCCGUACCGUCUUUUGCAGGGCUCAAGACGAAGCGCUCGCCCGGACACGCCGUUAAUCGGUCUGUCUUUACGGCUUUUCCAUUCCCAGCGUUUCGACUCGCAGUCCUGCGCCAACUCGACGCGGACUGCUCACACUUUCGCGAGGGCGCGGAUAUAACGUCGCGAAAUCGCGCGGACCGGCGUUGCGCAUCAACGCCGGUGCCUGCUCGAUGGACUCGUCCAUCAGAACGUGAAGUAGAAAGCGAGGCGUGUUCCCAUCAAGUCGCCGUUGUCGUUUCGAUGGUCGCGGGUAGCUCUAAUCGCCCAGCCACCCCACCGCAGCCCACGGAUCAAGAAACGUUCGGCAUGAGACCGUUGGUUUUGGCGCGAGUGGGCGACCAGUUAACGUGACAGUGAGGAAAAACAUGGAGUAACAGCACGGAGUGGAGAGCGUCGAAAGGCGGCAUCUGAUAGCGCAGGUCGUAAGGUUUUACGACUGCGCGCUGAGUUGCCACGGCAACCGUUGUGAAUCGACGGAACGCUGCCACGCGAAGGGCUCGGAAUUUGCCUGGAACGUCCGCAGCGUUUCGGGAAUAAGCCUCCGUAGGGCUUUCUUUCCAACAUCGCGCCCACGGCCCUACAUUGAGACUAUAUCGCUGCGCGAUCCAUCGGUUCGCGUUGGAACGCUAGACGCAGCGGCGCACAAAACCUGAACGCGCAGUGCGCGUGGUGCAGAGUGAGGCUUCGAAGGAGACGAGCGCACGACAUUUUGCCCGUGGUCUCGCACCACGGGUGUUUGGUGGCAAACCGGGCUGGCGCGCCCACGCAGCCUGGUUUGCGUCUCAACGGAAAACUCUACGUCCGACACACAGCUUUCCUCGUGAAAUCCCCUCCUUUCCCCGUAAACCAUGUCAAAACUUGUGUAUUGUUGAGAGUGAGUGCGUAUGCCUGUAAAUACCUGGAGUGAAUGAAAGCUCGCUACGUCAUGAAGGAAACGAUUAAGGGACACGGUGGAAAUAAACCUUAACUACGUGGGA